AUCAAGAUUUAGUUCGGUUAGUUCGCGCGCGGGGCCACGCCGAUUGAAACGGCCGACGGAGCGACGACAAACGGACCCGAGACAGCGGAGAAAAUAAAGACGAAGAGGCUAAUUAAGAGAGAAAGAGAGCUUGAGGGAGAGAGAGAUAGAGAUAGAGAUAGAGAAAGAGGGCGACAAGUAUAGAACCAGUGAAAAAAAGAAAGAGUGGGCGGUUAAAAAAGUGGAGGGGAAAAGAGCGGGUGUAGAUAAAAAAAAUUUUUUUUUAACAUCAUCAGGGAGGGAGAUCAGUGGCAGCCUGACGAGUAGUGAGAAUAAAUAGUGACGAAUAUAAUUAUUGUUUGACGAAUCAACGAAGCAUCGAACAACGAGUCUCGAUCGCGAUUUUACGACAUUAUUCGGCUGCUCUAUUAUCAAUUAUCAAUAGUCAAUCGUCAAUUAUUGCGUUAUUACAAACAGACAGUUGACUAAUAAUAUUUAUUUUUAUUGACACUAUUUUAUUUUUUUACGUAUAUAUUUAUUCGCUUUCCUAACGAUUAUUUGUCACUAAGCUCUGGUGCGUGGAAGAGAGAGGGAGAGACUCUCUUCUCCGACGAGUGCUUAUUAAGGCAAAGUGUGCAAGUUCGCCGUGCAACUUAUCUCAUCUUACUACUUUCUUUAACGGAAUUUUUCGCAAAAAUUAAAAGAAGAUAAGAAGAAAAGAAAACUAAAAAGGAGAAAAGGGCGCGAGGCGCUCAUUUAUUUGAAUGUUGCCUUCAAGAGAUUCGCGUAAUUAAAGUGGCACUUUAUUAAAAUAAACUAAAACGUCAAAAGGGUGACACCCCGUUAUCACAAUGGGGGUCGCCGACGAUUUCGCGCCCAGCUUCACGCAGAAGCCCCAGCUUCGGCAGGAGGAUGAGGGCAAUCGUCUUAUCUUCGAGUGCCAGCUCGUUAGUGCCCCGAAACCCGAGAUAUCGUGGUUUCGCGGCGACCAACAGCUGCAAGAGGACGCUAGGACAAACUUCAAAAUACAAAGUGUCGGGACCAACAAGUUCCUCGUUGUUCUUGAGAUUGAUGAUGUUAUUGAAACGGAUGCUGGACUUUACAAGGUCAAGGCCAUGAACAAAAUGGGCGAGGUCGCUGCGUCGAUCAACUUGAACUUCAGUCCAAUGGACGAGCCUAGAGAAAAACAAAUCGACGGUAUCGCACCGACUUUUGCGAAAAAACCGGCUAUAAGACAAGAAGAUGAUGGAAAAAGAUUAUUAUUUGAAUGUCGUAUUACUGCCGAUCCUACACCAAAAGUUUCGUGGUUUCAUGAUGGGAAUGUUGUUAAUAAUUCACCGAGACAUAAGUUGUCAGUCGACAAAGACGGACAUUCAUACUUCGCAACACUUGAAAUAAAAAAUGUAACAGUAGAGGAUGCUGGAAAAUACAAAGUGACUGCGAAAAAUGAACUCGGUGAAUCAAACGCAACGAUAUCCCUAAAUUUUGACAGCGACGAAGCGCCUGUUCCUGAUGACGGGAUCAAGCCAACAUUCACUGAACGACCUGUGAUCAGACAAUCUGAUGAUGGCAACACGAUUACCUUCGAGUGUCGAUUAGUAGGAGACCCCAAACCCAGUGUCAAGUGGUGUCAUGGGACCAAUGAAAUUAGAGAGAGUGGAAGGUACAAGGUAUCUCUGGAACUAGAUCAAAAAUUGUACUAUCUCGCAAGGCUGCAGAUUAAUAAUGUCGCUAAAUCUGACAGCGGCGAAUACAAAGCUAUUGCUAAAAACAAACAUGGCCAGGGUACUGCGACUAUUAAUCUCAAUUUUGAAGGCGGGGAUAAACCUAAAAUACCCGACGGUAAAGCCCCGCGUUUUCCAAAAAAACCAACGAUACGUCAAGAAGGCGACUUGCUGAUAAUGGAGUGUAUCCUGGAAGCUCACCCAGUGCCGGACAUCACCUGGUACCAAGGCCAGAAAGCAAUAAACGGGAGCUCCCGCAUAAAGAUGUUCAAAAAAGCGACCGGCAAGGACACGUAUCUUCUAACCCUCGAAAUAUCGAACCCGACAAAAGCCGACGGGGGAAAUUACCGCUGCAAUGCCUUUAACAAUUACGGGGAGAGCAAUGCCAACAUCUCCCUUAACUUUCAAGAAGACGCCGGUGGUUUUGCACCCUCAUUCAUCGAGAAGCCACGGAUUAUUCCAAACGAAAGUGGCACCUUGAUAACAAUGAAAUGCAAGUGCAAAGCUAAGCCCAAGCCUGAGGUCACGUGGUUCCGCGGUAACAGCGCUGUAAAAGAAUCCUCUAAAAUUUCAAUCAAGUGCAUUGAUGUCGAAGAAGAUGUUUAUGAACUCACUAUGGAGAUCAAAGAUCCAACUGGUCCAGAUGGUGGCACUUACAGAUGUCACGUGAGAAAUGAAUUUGGUGAAAGCAACGCCAAUUUGAACCUCAACAUUGAGGCUGAACCAGAGCCUGAAGGCGAUGGACCGACUUUUGUAGAAAAGCCGCGAAUCCAAUCGCAGGAUGGCGGAAAAGUCGUUAUCAUGGAUUGCAAAGUUCGAGCCAAGCCUAAACCAAAUAUUGUAUGGACCCAUGCUGGAAAAGUAGUCAAGGAAUCCUCCAAAAUCAAGCUCAGCGUUGUUGAAGAGAAGGAAGGCAUCUAUUACAUUAAAUUGAUUCUUAAUGACCCUGGUGCUGAUGACUCAGGGCUUUACAAGUGUAAUAUCAAGAACUCCUUGGGUGAACUCAAUGCCAAUCUCACCUUAAACGUUGAAAUUAUUCCGGUGAUAAAAGAAAAGCCCAAGGUGGUGAAGAUUAUAAAGAAGAAGACUGUGAUAGUCGAGUGUACUGUCCUCUCAAAGUUCGCACCGGACUGUACUUGGUUCAAAGAAUCUCAGGCUGUAAAAGAAGAUGAACGGCACAAAUUGCUUGUUGAAAAAAUCAAGGAGGGCGAGUUUGCCGUUAAAUUGGAAAUCGAGCAGAUUUCAACCGCUGACAAGGGUAAAUACAAGCUGGUUGCGAGAAAUGAAAAGGGUGAAGCUACAUCUCAGGUUGUUGAAGUCGCCGAGUUGCCAGAGGAAGUCGAGAAACCGAAAAUCGGCAGUGGAUUAUCAUCAAAGACUGUCGAAUAUGGUGAAACAAUCGAACUAUCAGCUUCGCUUACGCGUCAAAAUAAGAAAGUCACUAUCGAGUGGUACAGAGAUACAACAAUACUUACCAGUACAAAGAAUGUUAAUAUUUCUUUCAAUGGAAUCGAGAUGAAGUUGGUAAUUACUUCGUCAACUGAAGAGUUCAGCGGCACUUAUAAGGUAGUCGUCAGCAACGAAGCUGGCAAAGAUGAGUCGAGUACAACUGUAACAGUCAAGAAGCGUGAGGAAAAGAAAAAAGAUGAAGAAGAAGAGAAGAAGAAAAAGAAAAAGGUUGAAAAGAAGGAGGAAGAAAAGGUCGAGGAGAAGAUUGAAGAGAAGAAAGUCGAGGAGAAGAAGAAGAUAGAAGAAGUCAAAGUUGAAGAGAAAAAGAAAAUUGAGGAGAUCAAAAAGAUUGAAGAGAAGAAGGAGAUAUCAAUGUCUGAAUCCAAUGGAGAUCAUACUAUUGACAGUAGUAGUGAAUUGAGUGAAGAAGAUAUUGAUGAAGAAGAAAUAGAGGAGGAUUCGGUGAGUGUCGUCGAAUCCAGCGUUACAGAAGCAAUCAUUGACGAACCUAAGUCCGAAGCUUCUGAUUAUUCUGUUCUCAUCGAGGACAAGCCUGAAACCAAAACAAAUGGUAUCGACAAACCUGACAAGAAGAUUGAGACAUUGAAAAAGGAGGAAGAAACUGUUAAGAAUGGUGAAGCUACCGAAGAAAGAAAGUCUAUCAAGAAGAAAACUGAACUCAAACCAGAAGAGAAGAAAGAACCUGAGAAGAAAAUUCUCAAAAAGAAAGAACCAGAAUCUCGUGAAACCACACCGAAACCUGAAAAAGUUACAUUGCGUAAAACAUCAGUCAGUAGGGUAGAAGAAUUGAAAACUGAAAGUCGAAGAAGCUCUCUCGUCUCCACUACAGAGGAAACGAUCUCCGAAAAUGGUUCUCCCGUAUCCAGUAGACGUUCAUCAAUACAGCAGGUCGAAGAGAAUAAAUCAGAAAGUCGGCGAACAUCAAUUAUGGAAAAAACUAAAACUACAGAGAAGAAAACAAAACCAGUGAGUAAACCAAAAUCUGAAGCAAUUGAAGAGCCAAAGGAAAAACCAGAAUCUAAAUCAAAAUUACCUGUGGAUGAACCCACACCGAAGAAACGGUUAUCAAUUUCAAAGAAGGAACCGGAAAAUGAUAAAGAGGCCAAACCGGAAGUAACAUUAAAACCCGUUGCUGCCAAAGCGACUGAGCCUAAGGAAGAACCAAUUCCAAAACCAAAAGCCACCCUUGGCAAACCCGAGGAGUCCAAGAAGGAUGAGCCUAGUAAACUUAAACCCAAAAGUAAUCUUCUUAAACCCGAACUGAAGAAGGAAGAAGCUGUACUAAGGCGCACAAGUUUGAAACCUGUUCAAAAGCCGGAAGAAAAGGAGCUGAACAAGGUCGAACUAAAGCAAGUAGAAACCAAUGGCAACGCUACAAACGAAAAUUCGGAUCGUAAUUUGCCGAAGGUAGCAGCUAAAUUCGAGAACUUCUUCAAUGUACAACUAAAACCCGUAACUAAAGAACAAAAACAGCCUGAGACGGCAGAACAUGGCUAUAUUGUCGAGCUAAAGAAAACGGAGAAAAGCAAAGUCGAAGAGAAGAAAAAGUCAAAAACUUCGAAAGCGGACAAAGAAAAAAACUACGAGCUUCCGGAAAUUCCAGAUUACGAGCGUCCAGUUUUGGAGAAGCCUCAAGAAUUCGAGUUUGGCGAAUACGCGGGUCGUGAUAAGACAAAACUUGAGCGACCAGCUACUCAGAAAUUCGAAUCAAAGCCCAAGUUACCGGAAAUAGUUGCGCCACAAGAGACACCUAAGAUCGAAGUUAUCCGCGAAACUACGCCUGUUGGUAGCAGAAGACCAUCACUUAUACCUGGAAGUGGUGCAAGUAGUCGCCGUGGUUCAUUAAUUCCUCCCGAGGAAUUGGGACGUAGACCUAGUCUUAUCAUCAGCGACGAGGAGCAUAGGAAGCUGCGUCCUGGAGAGGUGAUUGAGGAGAAGAAGGCUGGAAAGUUGCGCCCAGGCGAGGUGUUGGACAUCAAGAAUAAACUUGGGCGCCCCGGUGUGGUCCAAGACAAACAGCGACGUCGUCCGAGUACGGACUUAAGGAGACCAAGCGUGGCGGACCUCGAGAAUAAGAUCAACCAGCCUAGCACACCACUCCGCGAUGUCGGACCAGCUGGACCACCGCAGAUUGUCGACGUCCAGGAGUCGUACUCCGCCGUCGAAGAUGCGACGGGGUACCUCACCGUCCAGGUGGAGGGAACCCCCGCGCCCACCUUCAAGUGGUACAAGGGUAUGACUGAAAUCAUCGAAGGUGGCAGAUACAAAUUCCUCACCGACAGCGAGACCAACUCCAUUACCCUUUGCAUGCGAAAAACUAAACCUAACGAUGAAGGAACCUACAAAAUUGUUGUUAGCAACAUCCAUGGUGAAGAUUCUGCAGAAAUGCAGCUUUACGUAUCAGACGCAAGUGGUAUGGACUUCCGUACAAUGUUGAAGAAACGAAAGUACGCUAAAUGGGCUAAAGAAGAAGAUCACGAGAAAGUAGAUCUUAAAGAGGUUGAGAAACCCAAGCCAGCUUUGAAAAAAGUCGAAAGGAAGCAAGACUCAUUCUUGAAACCUCUGGUUGAUCAAAUAGCCAAGGAGGGCAAAGAUAAGAAGGUUACAUUUGAUUGCAACUUCUCUAAACCCAAUGCUAAGCCCAAAUGGUUCUUCCGCAAGGAUGAAUUGUUUCCAUCAUCAAAGUACAAAUUCGUCAAUGAAGAAGAUUCGUACAAGCUGAUUAUUUCAAAUCCAAAAGUCGAAGAUACUGGUAAAUAUACCAUCGAUAUUGGCGGAAUAACUUCCACUGCAUUCUUAAAUGUCGAAGAACCGGAUCCAUCGUACACUUUCAUUAAGCCCCUGAACAAAGAAACUCAGGGUUACUCGCUACAUGAAGCUUAUAUGGAGUGUACUUUGAGCUCGAAUUUGGCUCUAGUUACUUGGUACAAAGGAAAAACUAAACUCGAGGAUGGAGAUGUAUACAGCAUCUCGAAAGAUAUGUCUGGUGUCUGCAGAUUGACAAUUAAGAACGCUAAGAUAGAAGACAGUGAUGAAUACUGUUGUAAAAUUAAUAAGCAAAAUGAUAAGACCGAAACUACUCUUAAAAUUAUAGAGUACCCGUACAAAUUCGUAAAAGUACUAAAAAGUCAAACGGCUGUUGAAAAAGACACUAUUACAAUGCUCUGUGAGCUUGAUGACGCUGCUGGUGACGUUAAAUGGUUCAAGGGUGACCAAGAAAUCACUGGAGAUAAGAGAAUUUCAAUAAAAGUUGAUGGCCGAAAACGAAAACUCGUUAUUAAAGACUGUAAAGUAACAGAUGCUGGCCAAUAUUCUUGUGUCAGUAAUGCCGACAAAACAGAAGGUGAACUUGUUGUCAAUUACUUAAACAGCUUCACCAAGAAACUAAAAGACACUUCAGCAACCGAACGCGAAAAAUGUGUCCUGGACGUGGAACUCCAAGACCAAACAGCCCCAGCAGAGUGGCUGUUCAACGGCAAGCCGAUCGAACCGAACGACCGCAUUGAGAUAAAGAAUCUCGGCGGUGGUAAGCAUCAAUUAGUCUUCAAUAAAACCGAGAUGUCCGACGAGGGAGAGAUCACUUGCAAGAGUGGAGAACUUUCCAGCAGCUGCAAGUUAACUGUUCGCAAGGGCGAGAGCAAGCCGAUCGCCGAAAUUCCGGACAAAGUCGAAGGACCUUGUUCUUCGCCAAUCGUCUUCAUCAUUCCUUACAAAGUCGAAGGAACCAAGCAGACUCCCAUAGAAGCUAAGCUCAUGAAAGACGGAAAAGCACUGCCUCUCAAGGACGUCGAGGUAGUAGUAGGCGAAGAUAAAAUAACCUACAAGAUAAAGAAGCCGCAGCGCGACCAGUCCGGUAUUUACCAGGUAAAAAUCAGCAACGGACAGGGCGAGGAAGUUAAAGACGUCAACAUAGUGAUGCAAGACGCUCCAACUCCUCCAAGAGACGUUGACGUCACUGAAGUAUUCGCUACUUCAUGCGUCGUAUCCUGGAAGGCUUCUGAAAACGACGGAGGCUCUCCUAUCACCAAGUAUGUCGUCGAAAGACUGGACAUGAGUCUUAAGAACCAGUGGGAGAGCGUCGGCGAAGUUACGCCUGGUGAAAAAUGCGUCUUCAAAGUCGAAGACCUUAAAACUAAGAAAGAAUACAAAUUCCGAAUCCGCGCUGUCAACAAAAUUGGUACUAGUGAGCCUGCGCUGUUCGGCAAGCCGAUUCUGGCCAAAGAUCCUUGGGACGAGCCUGGAAAACCGGGUAAUGUCGAGGUCGUAGAUUGGGACGUAGAUCACGCAGAUCUUAAAUGGACAAAGCCAGACAGUGAUGGUGGUUCUCCAAUCACUGGAUACAUCAUCGAAUACAAGGAAAAGUUUGGCAAAGAGUGGGUCAAGGGCAAAGAGAUUGAAGGUGACGUUACUUCAGGUACCAUUGAUGGCCUAAAAGAAGGCACCCAGUACGAGUUCAGGAUUCGCGCCGUAAACAAAGCCGGUCCUGGAGAACCUUCAGACGCAACGAAACCAAUAAUCGCCAAAUGCAGAUUCGUUAAGCCGUUUAUUAUCGGCGAUCAGUUAACCAACUUGGUGGUAAAGAAAGGACAAGUUAUCAAGUAUGAUAUUAAAUACGGUGGAGAACCAGAUCCUGAAGUUCAUUGGUUCUUGGGAUCUAAAGAAUUAGCAGAGGAUUCUGCUGAAAGAAUAACUAUUGAUAAAUACGAACGCAACACUGUUUUGACGGUUCGUAAAACAACUCGCGCCGACUCGGGUAAGUAUAAGUUGGUUCUGAAGAACGGCUCGGGCGAGUGUGAGAGCAUUGGUGAUGUUGUGGUAUUAGACAAGCCUUCUCCACCCAAGGGACCACUUGUCACUGAAGAGGUACGUUCUGAUCAUAUCACUGUCAAGUGGAAGCGCCCUGAAGACGAUGGAGGAGCGCCUUUAACGGGUUACACUCUUGAGAAGAUGGAUGUCGACACUGGAAGAUGGGUUCCUGCUGGAGAAGUCGGUCCCGAUAAAGACAGCUUCUCUUUCACUGGACUGACACCGAACAAGAAGUACAAGUUCCGUGUUAAGGCUACCAACAAAGAAGGCGAAUCUGAACCACUGGUCACUGAUGAAGCUAUUGUGGCCAAGAAUCCAUACGAUGAGCCAGACAAACCUGGCAAGCCAGAAAUAUUUGAUUAUGACAACGUGAGCGUGUCCUUGAAAUGGACCAAGCCUGAGAAAGACGGUGGUAGACCUAUUACUCACUAUGUCGUGGAAAUGAAAGAUAAGUUCUCGCCAGACUGGGUUGAAGUUAUGAAGACCACGGAUGAUAAUCCUGAAGCUAAAGUAGAAGGCUUGAAGGAGAAAAUGGUCUACCAAUUCAGAGUUCGUGCUGCUAAUAAAGCUGGUGUUUCUCAGCCAAGUGAGCCUACCGACAAUCAUAUUUGCAAGCACAGAAACUUGAAACCGAGAAUUGACAGGACUAAUUUGAAAUCGGUGGUGAUAAAAGCCGGACGUACUCACAAGUGGUCUGUUGAUGUCAUUGGUGAACCACCUCCGACUACCAACUGGAUUUGGAGGGACAAUAUCCCGCUGACUACCACUGAGAGGAUCAAGAUAGAGAAUGUUGAGUACCAUACUGAGUUUUCGAUAGUUAAUGCGACGCGAAAAGAUACUGGAAAGUAUACUUUAAUUGCUGAGAAUGUCAACGGGCGUGAUGAAGAGUCUGUUGAGCUUACUGUUUUGGGCAAGCCUGACGCGCCUGGUGGACCACUCAAGGUGUCAGACGUGACAGCUACCAGUGCUAAAGUUAAAUGGCAGAAACCAGAAGACGAUGGUGGUGUCCCGAUCAAGGAGUACGAAAUAGAACGCAUGGAUACUAGGACUGGAAAGUGGGUCCGAUGUGGAAGAGUACCUGGAAAUGCGGACAACAUGGAGUUUGAUAUCACCGGGCUGAAUCCUGGAAGCGAGUACAUGUUCCGUGUGACCGCGGUCAAUGAUGAAGGAGACUCGGAACCGCUGACCAGUGACAAGCCAACGGUAGCCAAGAAUCCGUUCGACGAACCACAUGCUCCUGGAACUCCAUUGAUUACCGAUUAUGACAAUGAAUCGGUUAGCUUGAAGUGGACCGCUCCGGACUUUGAUGGUGGAUCUCCUAUCGAGAAGUAUAUUAUUGAGAAGAAAGAUCGGUUCAAGCCAGACUGGGAGAAGGCGAUGGAAGUCCCUGCUAGCGAAGGGCUAGCUGCUAGGGUGAUGGGCCUGAAAGAUCGGGCUGAGUACCAGUUCAGGGUAAUUGCUGUUAACAAAGCUGGGCCAUCACCGCCUUCUGAUGCUUCUAAGAUGCAAAUGGUCAAGCACAAAGCAUUGAAACCGAGAAUUGACCGUACAAACUUGAAGCCAAUAAUUGUAAGAGCUGGCAAACAGAUAAAGUACGAUGUAGACGUACGCGGAGAACCUCCACCAGAAAUAACUUGGUACCACAAGAACGAACUCGUUAAAUCUGGAGGAAAUAUCGAGAUUGUUAAUAUUGAAUACAACACCAAGUUCACCAUCAACGACUCAGUGCGAAAGAACACUGGUGUCUGGAAAAUAAAAGCCGUGAACGCUUCAGGAGAAGACGAAGCUGAAGUGGAAGUGACCGUUCUUUCAGCACCAGGUCAACCUAAAGGCCCUCUAAAAGUUUCAGACGUCUCAAAGAACGGCUGUAAGCUUCAUUGGGAAAAACCAGAAGACGAUGGAGGAAAACCGAUCACCGGUUAUCAAGUCGAGAAGUUAGACAAAACAACCGGUCGUUGGGUGCCAGUUGGCCGCACCAACGACACAGAAAUGGACGUAAAAGGUUUGACUGAAGGUCACGAGUAUGAGUUCCGUGUCAAAGCAAUCAACGAAGAAGGAGAAUCUGAACCACUGAACACGUCUGGUGGAAUCGUUGCCAAGAAUCCGUUCGACCUUCCAGGCAGACCUGGAGUUCCAGAGCUCGAAGACUGGGACGUUGAUAGAGUUAACUUGAAGUGGGCGCCACCCAAGAACGAUGGAGGUGUUCCUAUUACUUCUUACAUAAUUGAAAAGAAGGAGAAAUUCUCGACUCACUGGGAAGAAGCCAUCGACACCCGGUCUGGUGAACCCAAAGGAAUCGUUACUGGGCUGAAGAAAGGCUCCACUUAUCAAUUCCGUGUUCGAGCUGUCAACAAAGCUGGACCCGGCGAACCUAGCGACCCUACUAAGCCUCACGUCGCUAAAGCUCGCUACUUGAAGCCACAUAUAAACCGCGACAAGCUACAGACUAUCAAAGUACGCGCAGGCCAGCAUGUAAAGUUGGAAGUUGACGUUGAAGGAGAACCUCCACCAACGAUAACUUGGACUCGCGGUAGCUUGACUCUCGAAAACACGCCAGAAUUAAAGAUCGAGAACGAAGACUACCUGACGAAACUUAUCAUGUCCCACACGAGCCGUAAAGAUACAGGGAAGUACACUAUUACAGCCGUCAAUGACUCAGGACGUGACGAAGCUGAAGUCGAGAUUAUCAUUUUGGACAAGCCUGGAAAACCUGAAGGACCUUUGGAAGUAGUGGACGUCCAUAAAGAAGGCUGUAAGUUGAAAUGGAAGAAACCUAAAGACGACGGAGGUCUACCAUUGUCGAGCUACAUUGUUGAAAAAAUGGAUCUGGUUACUGGAAGAUGGGUUCCGGCAGGAGUAGUGGAUCCAGAAAAAACAGAGCACGUCCUUACGGGCCUAGAACCGGGUCAUAAAUACGAGUUCCGUGUGAAAGCAGUCAAUGAAGAAGGAGAAUCAGAGCCUUUGAACACAGAAAGUGCUGUGGUUGCUAAAAAUCCGUUCGACCCACCUGGAGCUCCUGGACUGCCGGAUAUUGUCGACUGGUCUGAGAGCACUGUUAAGCUUAAAUGGGAGCCUCCUAUGCGUGACGGAGGCGCUCCAAUAACUGGGUACAUAAUUGAGAUGAAAGAGAAGUUUGAUACAAGUUUCGUAAAAGCUGUUGAAACUUCUGGUCCUAAAUGCGAAGGAAUUGUUCCAAGGUUGGUUGAAGGCAAUCAGUAUCAAUUCCGAAUCAGAGCUGUCAACAAAGCAGGACCUGGAGAACCUAGUGAAGCGACUAAUCCUCACACUGCCAAGGCACGUUGGUUGAAACCGCACAUUGACCGUACUAGUUUGCAGCCGUUGACUGUCAAAGUUGGCCUGACUAUCAGCUUGAAUGUCAACAUUAUUGGAGAGCCGCCUCCAAUUGUCACUUGGUCCAUUGGAGAGACCCAGUUGAAAACAGAUGAUGUCUAUAGAAUUGAUAACAUUGACUACAACACAAAGUUCUUUGUAAUGAAAGCCAAACGCAAGCACACUGGUACGUACACGAUUCGUGCUACCAAUGAAGUUGGAGAAGAUGAAGCGGAGAUUGAGAUCACUGUCGUUGGUAAACCAACUAAACCCAAGGGUCCGCUCUCAGUUACUGAUGUCACUAAGCAUGGUUGUAAAUUGAAAUGGCACAGACCAGACGAUGAUGGUGGCUGCCCUAUCGAGUACUACGAAAUCGAGAAAUUGGACCCGCUUUCUGGAACUUGGGUUUCUUGUGCCAGAUCCACUGAGCCUGAAGCUAACAUCACUGGAUUGCUUGAGGGCAAGCCUUACAAGUUCCGCGUCAAAGCUGUUAACAAAGAAGGCGACUCUGAAGAGUUGGAAGCUGAUAAAUCAAUAAUCGCCAAGAAUCCCUUCAACGAACCCAGCAAGCCAGGACGUCCUGAUCUCAAGGACUGGGAUAAAGAUUUCGUGGACUUGGCCUGGACUCCACCGGAAGACACUGGUGGAGCGGCUAUUGAGAAAUAUAUCGUCCAGAUGCGCGACAAGGACGGAAGGACGUGGGUUGACGCAGCAAUGGUUGUUGGUGAUAGAACCACUGCUAAAGUUACUGAAGGAAUCGAACCUGGGCACGAGUACGAGUUCCGUGUGGUUGCAGUAAAUCGCGCAGGACCUAGUGAACCCAGUGACGUUUCCAAGAGUGUGGUAGCCAAGCCAAGAUUUUUGGCUCCAAGAAUCGACAGGAAAAACCUGGCGAAGAAAGUUCUCAGGAUUGGCCAGAUGCUGCGGCUGGAAGCUGACAUAAAAGGAGAGCCGCCACCACAAGUCACCUGGAAGUACAAAGACACGAUCCUGAAGUCGAUGGAUCGUCUCAAGAUUGACAACGAAGAAUAUCACACGUUGUUCAUUCUUAACAAGUUGAAGCGAGCUGACACAGGAACUUACACUGUUAUAGCUACCAAUGACAGUGGAACCGAUCAGGUUGACAUCGAGCUGGUGGUUCUUAGCAAGCCUACCAAACCUAAAGGUCCUUUGGACGUUUCUGAUGUCACAGCGGAUGGCUGUAAGUUGAAGUGGAAUCCGCCUGAUGAUGACGGUGGCGAACCGAUUGAUCAUUAUAUUGUUGAACGUAUGGAUGUUGAUACUGGAAGGUGGGUUCCUUGCGCGACAAGCAAAACUCCAGAGGCGGAAAUUGGAGGGCUGAAUGAAGGAAAAGACUACAUGUUCCGUGUGAAAGCCGUCAACGCUGAAGGCGACUCGGAACCUUUGGAAACUGAUCUUCCGACCACUGCCAAGAAUCCCUUCAGAGAACCAGACCCUCCUGGCAAACCAGACUUGAAGGACUGGGACAAGCGACAUGUUGUCCUUAAGUGGAAGCCUCCGAAACGUGACGGCGGAGCGCCUAUUGAAAAGUACAUCAUUGAGAAGAAAGAUAUGUAUGGAAAGUGGACGAAAGCUGGCGAAGUUCCUGGGGAAAAACUCCAAGGCACGGUUGAAGAUUUGACUGAAGGACAGAAGUAUCAAUUCAGAAUCAAAGCUGUCAAUAAAGGAGGAGUCAGUCAACCUAGUGAUCCUAGUGAUAUUUUGACAGCCAAAGACAGAUAUGCAGCUCCGAAGAUUGAUCGUACCAAUCUUCGCGAUCUCACGGUUAAGGCUGGUAAUCAAAUAAAGCUGGAUGUUAAAGUAUCUGGAGAACCUCCGCCAGACAAAGUUUGGUGGCACAACAAAGUUCGCCAGGAAGAUGGAGUUAGUCUUACUAUUGAGAUGGAAGAUUAUAGGACUAAGUUCAUUAUUCCUUCGGCGACGAGAAAACACUGUGGACAGCUGACUCUUAAGGCGGAAAAUGAUUCCGGUAAAGAUGAAGCUUCGAUUGAAAUUUUGGUGCUAGAUAGACCAGCUAAGCCUGAGGGACCGCUUAAGGUCAGUGAUGUUCAUAAGGAGGGAUGCAAACUUAAAUGGAAUCCUCCAAUUGAUGACGGUGGAGCUCCUAUUGAACACUACGUUGUCGAGAAAAUGGACACUGAAACAGGAAGAUGGAUUCCUGUUGGAAGAACUAAGGACAAUAAUUUUGAAGUUGAAAAUUUGGUACCCGGGCAAGAGUAUAAGUUCCGGGUCGCGGCGGUCAAUGCUGAAGGAGAGUCUGAACCUUUGGUCACGGAUCAUAGUAUUGUCGCCAAAAAUCCGUUUGAUGAGCCAGGACCACCAGGUAGACCAGAAGCAACCGACUGGGACAAAGAUCACGUUGAUCUCAGAUGGACUCCACCGUUACAAGACGGUGGAUCUCCAAUAACUGGCUAUAUGAUCGAGAAACGCGAAAAGGGCUCUCAAAAAUGGAUGAAAGCUUGCGAGACAAACAGCCCCGAGUGCAAAGGUCGUGCAGAAAAUCUUGACGAAGGUGUCGAGUACGAGUUCAGAGUCAGAGCUAUCAACGCUGCUGGUCCUGGUGAACCUUCUGACGCCAGCAAAGCAAUCAUGGCUAAGAGUCGCAGAGUACCACCCAAAAUUGAUAGACGUAAUCUCCGCGAUGUUCACAUUCGCGAGGGUGAGCGCUUCCACUUUGACGUUAAAGUUAUCGGUGAACCGGUUCCUGAGGUCACCUGGGUUAUCAAUGACAAGAAUAUUCACAUAACGACCUACCGUCGUGUCGUUAAUGAGCCGAAUAACACCAAGUUCUUCAAUGACAAAGCUGAACGCAAAGACACUGGAAUUUACAAGAUUACAGCUGUUAAUCAGUUUGGAAGUGAUACUGCUGAAGUCGAGGUCACUGUUAUUUCAAGACCAUCGAAGCCCGAAGGACCUCUGGACGUUUCUGACAUCACCAAGAAUGGUUGUACCCUCAAAUGGAGAAAACCCAAGGAUGAUGGUGGCGAACCAAUCGAAGGAUAUCUCGUGGAGAAAUAUGACCCGGAGACUGGUGUUUGGUUGCCAGUUGGCAAGUGUGCGGGUACUGAGAUGAAGGUUGAUGGUUUAACUCCCGGUCACGAGUACAAAUUCCGCGUUAAAGCCCUCAAUUCUGAGGGAGAAUCUGAGCCGCUGGAGACUUAUGGAUCUAUCAUCGCCAAGGAUCCAUUCACGGUACCAUCGCCUCCUGGUGCUCCUGAGCCGACAGACUGGUCAGCAAACACAGUAGACUUAACCUGGCGAGAACCUUUCUCGAAUGGUGGGUCUCCAAUCACUGGAUAUAUUAUUGAGAAGAAAGAUAAAUACAGCGCUAUGUGGGAAAAAGCUUUGGAAUUGACUUCCCCACAGUUAGAAGCACAUUUAACGGGAUUGAUUGAAGGAAAUGAAUAUCAGUUCCGUGUUAUUGCUGUCAACAAAGCUGGUCAGUCGGAACCUGGUGAUGUUAGCAAGACAUUCCUUGCUAAGCCACGUUUCCUUGCUCCAAAGAUCGACCGAAGACACCUGAAGGACAUAACCCUAUCAGCAGGUUCAACCCUCAAAUUCGACGCAAAUAUUAUUGGAGAACCGGCACCACAUGUCGACUGGCGUUGUUCAUCUAUCCCAAUUGUCUCUAACAAAACAGUCACCCUCGAGAAUCCUCCUUACAGCACCAAACUAGUGAUCAGACCUGUGGCUCGAAAUAACACCGGGGAGUACGUGGUCACAGCGACCAACAGCUCGGGCAAGGACAGUGUCACCAUAAAUGUGGUCGUCACUGACAAGCCAUCUGCGCCUGAAGGUCCACUGGAGAUCUCAGACGUCCACAAAGAGGGCUGCAAGCUUAAAUGGAAGCGUCCAAUAGACGAUGGUGGUACUCCUGUAGAAUACUACCAAGUCGAGAAAAUGGACCCGGACACCGGCUGCUGGAUUCCUUGUGGCAGGUCUCCCGAGCCUCACAUGGAUGUCAUCGGGUUGACUCCCGGGAAAGAGUACAAGUUCCGUGUGUCUGCCAUCAACGCUGAAGGAGAGUCAGAACCACUUACUGCCGAGGAAACUAUAAUCGCUAAGAAUCCAUUCGAUGAACCUGACAAGCCUGGAAAUCUCAAAGCCACAGACUGGGAUCGUGAUCAUGUGGAUCUUGAAUGGACACCUCCAUUGAAUGACGGAGGUUCUCCGAUUACUGGAUACAUAAUCGAGAAGAAAGACAAAUAUGGUGACUGGGAAAAAGCCAUGGAAGUAUCUCCAGAGUUGACUUAUGCAACCGUUCCAGAUUUAAUAGAAGGCCAGCCGUAUGAAUUCCGCGUUCGCGCAGUUAAUGCAGCUGGUCCCAGUGAACCUUCCAAUGCAACACCAACAAUAAUCGCUAAGCCACGCAACCAGCCGCCAAUGAUCGACCGUACGAACCUGGAAGACAUAAAAAUCAAAGCUGGCCAGAACUUCAGCUUUGAUGUCAAAGUCAGCGGAGAACCUCCGCCAAAGACAACCUGGUUAUUAGGGGUCAAGGAACUUUACCCGACUGAUCGUAUCAAGAUUAAGAACGUAGAAUACGCAACUAACUUUGCCGUCCGCAUGGCGACUAGAGCCGACUCUGGAAGAUACACUCUCAAUGCUGAGAAUUCCAGCGGUAAGGAUUCAGCUACUGUGAGAGUUAUUGUAUUAGAUAAACCCGGAGCACCGGAGGGACCGCUGAGAGCUUCAGAUGUCCAUGCGGAAGGGUGUACUUUGUCGUGGAACCCGCCGGAGGAUGAUGGAGGACAGCCUAUUGAGUGCUACGUCGUCGAGAAAAUGGACGACGCGACUGGAAGAUGGGUCCCAGCGGGUCAAACAGAUGGUCCAGAGACUACUCUGAAGAUUGAUGAUCUAACCCCGAGACACAAGUACAAAUUCCGUGUUCGUGCUGUUAAUAAACAAGGAAAAUCAGAUCCACUUACGACUACACAAAAUGUUGAAGCUAAGAAUCCGUUCGACGAACCUGGCAAACCAGGAACUCCCAAAAUCACGGACUUUGACCGCGACUUUGUUGAACUGGCCUGGGGUCGGCCGGUUGAAGAUGGAGGAUCUCCAAUUAUUGGGUACAUUAUUGAAAAGAGAGAUAAAUUUAAUCCUAAUUGGGAAGAAGUUAGCAAAAUUGAAGGAGAUGUUACUCGCGGAAGAGUCAAUGAUUUGAUAGAAGGUACUACUUAUGAAUUCCGUGUUCGCGCUGUAAACAAAGGUGGUCCUGGCGCAGCUUCAGAUCCUACUAGUCCGCACAUUGCAAGACCGAAGAAUUUGCCACCGAAAAUCGACCGCAAAUACAUGCUGGAUGUCAAAGUCAAGGCUGGUGCGUUCUUCGACUUUGAUGUUCCGGUUAUUGGUGAACCACCACCAACCAAGGAAUGGAACUUGAAGGGCAAUAUGGUCACUAAUGAUGACCGUAUUAAAAUUACCAACUCGGAUUACAACACGAAGGUGCGUUUCAUGGACGCUAGACGUGCAGACUCGGGUACUUACACGUUGACAGUUAAGAAUGUCAACGGUGUAGACAGUGCUACGUUGGAAGUUAUCGUAAUGGACGUUCCAUCUCCACCAGAGGGUCCACUUAAGAUUGACAACGUCACAAGACACGGCUGUACACUCAGCUGGAGAGUCCCAAGAGAUGAUGGAGGCGCUGAGAUCCUUCACUAUAUGAUCGAAAAAAUGGACUCGGAAAGCAUGCGCUGGGUUCCUGCUGCUGAAUCAGAUAUGUGCACUUACAAAGUUGAUCAUUUGAUAGAAGGACAUCAAUACACGUUCCGUAUUCGUGCUGUGAACAAGAUUGGAGAGUCAUUGCCUUUGACAGGGCUUGAUGAAAUCACUGCCAAGGAUCCGUUUGGCAAACCCGACAAACCUGGCCAGCCAAUUGCGACUGAUUGGAACAAAGACUACGUUGAUCUUGAAUGGACUCCACCGAAGAAAGACGGUGGAUCUCCAAUCACUGGGUACAUUAUUGAGAAACGUCCGCGCUUUGGACAAUGGGAAAAAGCCUUGGAAGUUUCCGGAGGAAAGAAUUGCACUGCUAAGGUGCCAGAUCUUGCUGAAGGUCAGGAAUAUGAGUUCCGCGUGAUUGCAGUCAACCAAGGCGGACAAGGAGAACCUUCAGAAGCUUCAGCGCCGGUGAUUACAAAACCAAGGUUCCAGGCUCCGACCUUCGAUAAGAUGUUGAUGCGAGACCUGACGGUGCGAGCUGGCCAGAAGAUCAGUUGGGACCUUCCCAUCGAGGCGGCUCCUAAGCCCACUGCCUACUGGACUCUAAACGGCAAACCGAUUGAACAAGAUGUUCGCCAUGAAAUAUUCACCACGUCAACCAACACAACCUUUGAAAUUCCCUUCUCUGUACGAUCUGACGCUGGUCGUUACACUUUGAAUCUAGUUAAUGACGUUGGAAAAAUGUCAGCUAGUGCUCAUGUCACAGUGCUGGAUCGGCCUUCACCACCAGAGAAACCACUGGUGGUCAGUAACAUUUGCAAGGACAGCUGUCAUUUGUCAUGGCAGUUACCGCUCGAUGACGGUGGAAGUCCAAUUCUUCAUUACAUCGUCGAGAAGAUGGACGUCUCACGAGGAACUUGGUCUGACGCAGGUAUGGCAAUGACUUUGAACCACGAAGUUUUCAGACUGACUCACCGAAAGGAGUACUACUUCCGUGUGAAGGCUGUGAACAACAUCGGCGAGUCAGAUCCUCUGGAAACAACCCGCAGUAUUGUGGCUAAGAAUGAGUUCGAUGAGCCUGAUGCACCUGGUAAGCCCAAGAUUGUUGACUGGGACAAAGAUCACGUUGACCUGACCUGGCCAGCUCCUGAAAACAACGGAGGAUCGCCUAUCACUGGAUACAUUGUUCAGAAGAAGGAGAAAGGCAGUCCUUACUGGAUCAACGCCGUUCACGUACCUAGUGACAAAACUAGUGCGACUGCUCCGGACCUUACUGAAGGAAUGGAGUACGAGUUCAGGGUAAUUGCGGUUAAUGCUGCCGGACAGUCAGAACCUUCGGAACCAAGCGACACGGUAAUUGCCAAGAGUCGUCAUCUGGCACCUAAAAUUCAAACUCCGUUGGAUGACAUUAGAAUCAAAGCCGGAUUGGUCUUCCAUGUUGAUAUUCACUUCAUCGGAGAACCUACACCUGAAGUAACUUGGACUUUGAACAACAAAGAGCUUACUACUAAUGAAAAAACAACGAUUACUUCUAUUGGAUACCACACAAUCGUGCAUACUGUCAACGCUCAACGGGCUGAUUCAGGUCGUUACCAUCUUACAUUGAAGAACGAAAGCGGUGUUGACGAGGGUAGCUUCAACCUCAUUGUCCUCGACCGUCCAGGUCCACCUGAAGGUCCAUUAGAGUACGAAGAAAUUACUAGCCAGUCGGUUACUUUGUCCUGGAAACCACCGAAAGACAAUGGCGGUAGUGAAAUUACUGGAUACGUUAUUGAGAAACGUGAUUUGACUCACGGAGGUGGUUGGGUACCAGCUGUUAACCACGUCAGCCCUACUCAGACCCACGCAACGGUUCCAAGGUUGAUGGAAGGCUCGAAAUACGAGUUCCGAGUCUCGGCAGAAAACUUGCAAGGUCGUUCAGAUCCUCUGAAAACUGAUAAAGCUAUCGUCGCGAAGAAUCAAUUCGUUGUUCCUGGACAACCAGGUAAACCCGAAUGCUUGGACUCUAGCAAAGAUCAUAUUCACAUCAAAUGGACUCCGCCAAUUAGCAACGGAGGAUCCGCCAUUCUUGGAUACGAAAUUGAGAGACGUGAUCGCGCUACGGGUCGCUGGAUAAGAAUCAACAAGGAACUGGUCAAGAUACCUGAUUACCUUGACGAACAUGUUUCUGAAGGUCAUCAGUAUGAGUACCGUGUUUCUGCAGUUAACGCCGCGGGAGCCGGAAAACCAAGUGACGCUUCUAACGUCUUUGCUGCUAGACCAAUGAAAGAGAAGCCUAAACUUCACCUUGACGCUCUUCUGGGCCGUAAGAUCCGCGUUCGUGCUGGAGAACCAAUCCACGUGGAUAUUCCGAUCUCCGGAGCACCAACUCCAAGAGUCGCUUGGCUCAAAGACGCUGGUCCAUUGGUGGAUAACUACCGAAUUUCCACGCAGACUAAGAGUGAACACACUGUUUUACUGAUUGAGAAGUCUACUCGCGAAGACGCUGGAUUCUACUCCGUGGAAGCGACCAAUGAAUUUGGAAGCGACAUGGCUGACAUUCAGGUGAUCGUCGUCGACAAGCCUGAUCCGCCGAAAGGACCGCUUCUGUACUCAGGAACCAACCACGAGUCAGUGUCAUUGUCCUGGAGUCCACCUGACGACAACGGUGGCGCUGAGAUCACCAACUACAUCGUCGAAAUGUGCGACUUUGGAAUGGACAACUGGCGCCAAGUACCUGGCUUCUGUCCUACUUGCCACUUUACAGCCCGAGGAUUGCAAGAAGGCCGUCGGUAUAUCUUCAGAGUACGUGCUGAGAAUCUCUACGGAGUAUCAGAACCUCUGGACGGCAAACCCGUGGUGGCCAAGAGUCCUUUCGAUCCUCCAGGACCACCAAGUCAGCCAGAAAUUCUUGGUUACACGCCCAACACUUGUACUCUCACCUGGAAUCCACCAGACAACACUGGCGGUAAGCCUAUUACUGGUUACUACGUAGAGAAACGUGAACGAGGCGGCGAAUGGCUCAAGGUAAACAAUUACGCGACACCCAAUACAACAUUCUCCGUUCAAGAUCUUCAUGAAGGUGGUCGCUAUGAAUUCCGUGUGAUUGCUGUUAAUGAAGCUGGACCAGGAGAUCCUAGCAGAGCCACUGACCAGAUUGUCGCUGGACACCAACGUCUCAGGCCAGACGCUCCUGAGCAACCCAACGCUGACCGAGUUACCAAAGAUUCAGUUACUCUGUCAUGGAGACCACCAAGAAACGACGGUGGUGCUAAGAUUCGCGGUUACUACGUUCAAUCCAAGAGGAAAGACGAAUCUGAUUGGUCAGAUGUCAAUGGAGCUCCAAUUUCUGGACUCAUCUACACUGUGCCCAAGCUGAGACUCGGAGACGAGUACCAGUUCCGUAUAAUUGCUAUGAAUGACGUUGGAAAGAGCGACCCAAGUCGUCCUACGAACCCCAUCACCAUUGAAGAACAACCUAACAAACCGAUCAUGGACUUGGGAGGCGUCAGAGACAUCACAGUCCGCGCUGGAGAAGAUUUCAGCAUCCACGUUCCGUAUGUAGGCUUCCCAAGACCCAUGGCUUCUUGGUUUGCAAACGACGUCGUUCUGGAUGAAACAGACAGAAGAGUUCAUCAAAAACUUGAAGAUGAUUACGCCAGUAUUGUCGUUAAGAACUCGCGACGCUCUGAUGGAGGUCAGUACCGUCUUCAGCUAAGGAACUCUUCUGGAUUCGACACUGCCACUGUCAAUGUUAGAGUUCUUGACCGUCCAAGCCCACCGCAGAACCUUAGAGCCGACGAAUUUGCAGGAGAAGCUCUUACGUUGUACUGGAACCCGCCUAAGGACAAUGGCGGAGCUGAUAUCACCAACUACGUGAUUGAGAAACGUGAAAGAUCCCAGUCUUGGACCAAGAUCAGUGGCUACGUCACUGCUCCAUUUGUUCGUGUACGUAAUCUCAAUAUCGGGCAGGAGUACGAGUUCCGCGUGAUGGCUGAAAACCAAUACGGAACUUCUGAUCCAGUUGAAACUAAAGAACCAAUCAAAGCGCGCUAUCCAUUCGAUCCGCCAAGCGCUCCAGGAGUACCUCAAGGUGUCGAGACUACAGAAGACAGCAUCACUAUCACCUGGUCGAGACCAAGAAGCGAUGGAGGCUCACCAAUCACCGGUUACAUUGUCGAGAAGCGUAUGAUCAGCGAAGACAAGUGGAUUAAAGCAACUCCAGCACGUAUUCCUGACACUACUUACAAGGUAGGAGGAUUGAUUGAAAAUCACGACUACGAAUUCCGUGUCGCAGCAGUUAAUGCUGCUGGACAAGGUCCAUGGAGCAUGAGUUCAGACGCUAUUCGCGCAGCUGCACCACAAUUUGCGCCCAAGAUCACUAGCGACCUGAGCAUCCGCGACAUGACAGUGAUUGCUGGUGAACAUUUCACCAUAACUGUUCCGUUUAACGCCAACCCGAAACCCAGACCCAACUGGUCGAUAAACGGAGAAGAAGUUAUCCAAGAUGACAGAAUAAAGUUCGAGACGACAGAAGUAGCUUCGCAGUUUAUCAACCGCAAGGCCAAGAGAAGCGAUACUGGUUGUUACACUAUUCAACUGGCGAAUGCAAUUGGCACAGACUCAGCUUCUUGCCGAGUUCUGGUCGUCGACAAACCGUCGCAUCCUCUGGGACCACUCGAUGUGUCUGACAUUACUCCUGAAACUUGCACCCUGUCCUGGAAGCCGCCAUUUGACGAUGGUGGUUCACCAGUUACCAAUUAUGUUGUCGAGAAAUUGGAUCCUGGCGGUUACUGGGUAAAAUUAAGCAGUUUCGUACGCAACACGCACUACGACGUAAUGGGUCUUGAACCCAACAAAAAGUUCAACUUUAGAGUGCGUGCUGAAAAUCAGUACGGAAUAUCUGAGCCUCUGGUAGGCGAUGAGCCAAUAAUGGCCAAAUUCCAGUUCAACGUUCCUGAGCCACCUGGUCAACCAAGAGUCAUCGACUGGGACACCGACAGCAUCACCAUUUCUUGGGACAAGCCAGUUUCAGAUGGUGGAUCAAGGAUUCAAGGGUACAAAGUGGAGUAUCGCGACCCUACAGACGGUAGCAGCUGGCGCAUAGCCAACGACUACCUGGUGAAAGACACCCACUACAUCUGCUACGGAUUGGCUCGCGGUCAGGAGUAUGAAUUCCGUGUUCGCGCUCAAAACGCCGCUGGACUCAGCAAACCCAGUCCACCCUCGAUACAAUUCAAACUACGCAGCAAAUUCAACGUACCUUCACCACCUGGUACUCCACAAGUCAUCAAGGUCGGCAAGAAUUACGUAGACUUGAGAUGGGAGGCUCCGACUUCUGACGGAGGUAGCCGAAUCACUGGAUACGUUAUCGAGAAGCGAGAAAUCGGCUCGGCUAUCUGGAUGAAGUGCAACGAGUACAACGUGGUAGAUCUUGAUUACACCGUGAUGCAUUUGAUUGAAAGAGGCGAUUACGAGUUCCGAGUGUUUGCAGUUAACGCUGCUGGAAAAUCUGAAGCGAGCUCAUGCACAACGCCCGUCAAAGUCUGCGAAGUUGAGGGUGGAGAGAAACCAGAGUUCACCAAGCCGCUACCAGUCAGCCAAGGAGUUCCAUUGGGCAAAACUUACGUCCUGGAAUGCGAAGCUACAGGCAGACCAAUGCCUACACCCAGAUGGCUGCGCAACGGACGGGAAAUCACAAUGGGCGGACGAUUCAGAUGCGAAAGCCGAGACGACGGUCUCUUCAGACUUGUCAUCUCAGAAGUUUGGGAAGCUGACAGCGGAGAUUACGCUUGCCAGGCUUCUAAUCCUCUGGGAAUCGCCACGACAACGAUGAGACUAAAGAUUGGAACGCCACCGAGGAUUGAGCGCAUGCCAAGUGACCUUUACUUGCCGGAGAAGGACAACACCAAGAUCAAGAUCUGGUACAGCGGUGAUCAACCAAUGGACGUAGUCCUCAAGAAGGACGGCUCCAAGGUGGUCGAGUCUGCGCACAUCAAGUACACCAUCUUCGACGAGUACUUGAUUAUUUUCAUCAAAGACAUAAACCGCGAAGACGAAGGUCUCUACGAGCUGUCCAUCAGCAAUGACAGUGGCAGUGUAAGCGGAUCCUUCAACGCUCGCGUUACUGGACCUCCUGGACCGCCUGUUGGACCACUAGAGGCUUCUGACAUCGACAAGCACACAUGCACUCUUGCUUGGCACCCACCCAAGUCAGACGGUGGUCUCAAAGUCACUCACUACGUCGUAGAACGUCGCGAUGUUACUCAAGGACACUGGCUGACCAUCUCCAGCUCGGUCAAGGACACCACCUUCAUUGUCCAAGGCCUGAACGAAGGACACGAGUACAUGUACCGUGUGAUGGCCGUCAAUGACAACGGAAUGGGCCCUGCUUUGGAAGGAACCAAUCCCAUCAAAGCCAAAGCGCUCUUCGACCCGCCAGGACCUCCCGGAAAGCCUAAAGUUCUGGAGAUUGGUGGAGACUUUGUUAACCUGUCUUGGACCAAGCCUGAGAACGACGGAGGAGCGAGAGUCCAGGGCUACUGGAUCGACAAACGCGAAGCAGGUACCAUUGCCUGGCAACGCGUCAACAUUCUUAUCUGCCCUACGACUCAGAUAAACGUCAGCAACUUGAUCGAAGGUCGUCAGUACGAGUUCCGCGUGUUUGCUCAGAACCAAGCUGGACUCAGUCCAGAGUCUACUGCUUCUACAUCGGUGAAGAUCGUCGAUCCUCAGGUGUCCAAGCCUCCAGAGAUAAUCCAGGGUCUGAAGAAAAUAAACUGCGCUCAGAACACAAACGCUACCUUCAAGUGUGUAAUCACUGGCUCUCCUACGCCUCACAUCACCUGGUACAAGGGAGCUAGAGAACUCCAGAACAGCAGCCGCUACCAGAUAUUCUCCGAGAACGAUUGCCAUACUCUGGUGAUUCAGGAUGUCUUUGGUGAAGAUGCCGAUGAGUAUAUCUGUCGCGCUUCCAACAAGGGAGGCCACAAAUCCACCAAAGGUGAAUUAUUCAUCAUGACACCUCCUAAACUUAAUGUUCCUCCAAGGUUCCGUGACACUGCCUUCUUCGACAAGGGUGUUAAUGUCGUGAUUAAGAUUCCUUUCACUGGAUUCCCCAAGCCCAAGAUCCACUGGAUUCGUGAAGGUGAAACUAUUGAGUCUGGAGGUCACUACAAUGUUGAACUUAAAGAACGACACGCGAUCUUGACUAUCAGAGACGGAAACCGCAUUGAUUCUGGACCGUACAGAAUUACAGCUGAAAAUGAACUGGGACAAGACUCAGCUAUCAUUAAGAUUCAAAUUAGCGAUCGUCCAGACCCACCACGCUUCCCAGUUAUUGAUAACAUUGGUCACGAUUCAUUGGCACUUACUUGGAAGCCUCCACUGUGGGACGGUGGUAGCAACAUCACCAACUACGUUGUUGAAAAACGAGAAGCUCCGAUGACCAGCUGGAUCAGAUGUGGUAUGACGCGAUUCACCAGCUUCGCUGUUCAAGACUUGAGUCCUGGUCAUCAGUAUGACUUCCGUGUCUGUGCUGAAAAUGUAUACGGAAGAUCUGACCCCAGUGAAGUCACGCCACUGAUCACGACCAAGGGUGCUAAAAAGAAGGCGCCUGAAAAACGCGAAGUCCGGUAUGAUGAAAGCGGCAAGAAGAUCCGGGGAAACAGCGAUGAAAAAGUUCGCGAUUAUGAUCAGUUUGUCUUUGACAUCUACAGCAAGUAUGUGCCCCAGCCUGUUGAGAUCAAGACAAUGUCAGUCUACGACAGAUAUGAUAUUCUUGAAGAAAUCGGUACCGGAGCAUUCGGAGUCGUUCAUCGGUGUCGUGAACGCGCUACUGGAAAUAUAUUUGCGGCUAAAUUUAUCCCAGUGUCGCAUAUUAUGGAGAAGGAGUUGAUCAGGAAGGAGAUAGAUAUUAUGAACCAGCUGCACCACCAGAAGUUAAUAAACUUACACGAUGCAUUUGAAGAUGACGAUGAAAUGAUUUUGAUAUUCGAGUUCUUGUCAGGUGGAGAACUGUUCGAGCGAAUCACUGCUGAAGGCUACAUCAUGUCGGAAGCUGAAGUUAUUAAUUACAUGAGACAGAUCUGCGAGGGUAUCAAGCACAUGCAUGAGAAGAACAUCAUCCACUUGGAUAUCAAGCCGGAGAAUAUCAUGUGCCAAAUGAGAAACAGCACCAAUGUUAAGCUGAUUGACUUUGGCUUAGCUACUAAAUUAGAUCCUAAUGAAGUGGUCAAGAUCAGCACAGGAACUGCGGAAUUUGCAGCGCCUGAAAUUGUAGAGCGGGAACCUGUUGGGUUCUACACAGACAUGUGGGCUUGUGGAGUCCUGGCUUACGUUUUGCUUAGUGGUCUUUCGCCUUUUGCUGGGGACAAUGACAUAGAGACGCUUAAAAAUGUCAAGGCCUGCGACUGGGACUUUGAUGAGGAGACGUUCAGGCAUGUUUCUGACGAGGGCAAAGACUUUAUCCGCAGACUGCUGAUCAAGAACAAGGAAAAACGUAUGACUGCUCAUGAGUGUCUGGUACACCCGUGGUUGACUGGAGACCACAGCGAUCUUACUGGCAGAAUUGCUGGCAGCAAGUACAUCAGGUUCAGGGAUAGAAUUAGGGCUAAGUACGAAGACUGGGAGAAAUAUGUUCUACCUAUUGGACGACUUGCGGAAUACUCGUCGCUUAGGAAAUUGCUUAUUGAGAAAUACAAGAUUUAUGACUCGUCUUUCGAUCGAAGACAAGCAGCUCCAAGAUUUGUUAUCAAGCCACAAAGUGCGUUUACUUAUGAAGGACAGAGUGUCAAAUUCACGUGUCGUGUGAUAGCUAUUGCUGCUCCAACUCUCACGUGGUUCCACAAUAAUCAGGAACUUAGACAGUCUGUUAAAUUUAUGAAGAGAUACGUCGGUGAUGAUUACACCUUCAUCAUCAACAGAUCCAAGUUGGAGGACAGAGGAGAGUAUGUUAUUCGGGCUGAAAACCACUAUGGAUACCGGGAAGAAGUUGUCUUCCUUAAUGUCCAACCUCUUCCAAGAGAAAUGCCACCAUACAAACCGGACAUCGCUCCAGUACGUAGACGUGAACCAUUACCACAGUACUUCUGGCUGGAGACAACAGAAUCAGCACCCAGCUUCACCUUCGAGCUCAGACCUCGUGUCAUGCAGGAACGACAGUGCUGCAAACUGCUCUGUUGUCUCAGCGGUAAACCUCCUCCAUCUGUCAGGUGGUUCAGAGACAGUCGCGAAUUAUCGAAACACGAGUACGCGAUGUCUCAUUCCGAUGGUGUCGUCACUAUGGAAAUCAUUGACUGCAGACCAUCGGACAGUGGAAAAUACAAGUGUGUGGCCACUAACUGCCAUGGAAGUGAUGAAACUAGUUGUGUUGUCAUUGUAGAAGGAAUGGGUGAGACUGAAGAACAAGAAAAAUUAGCUGAUAAUAUCUUGCACUCAGCAGACCGGAAAUUCAUUGAGCAGCCAAUAAAACCAGCACCGGCACAAGUUGUUAUCAAACAACAGUUUAGCAGCUACGCAAGUUCAAACAAAAACUCAUCAUUCUCCAGAACGACGACUGACACUUCGAGUUUCAAGAAAUACGGCUCGAAAUUAGAUUCAACUGGAAGCCCGUCGAGGUCUAGGAAUGCAACUAAAGAACUUUUAUACCCAUCGGAUGAUUCAAUGCGACAACCAGAGUUUGUAACAAAACUGAAAGAUCUUAAAGUAAACGACGGCGAGCCAUUGGAACUGAGUGUUAAAGUAGACGGUGAUCCAGAACCUCAAAUCACGUGGACUAAGAACGGAAAGACUUUGAGAUCGUCAGAAGUAGUAGACCUUAAAUACAAGAACCGAGUAGCAACUCUUAUAAUAAACGAAGUCUUCCCAGAAGACGAGGGAGAAUACACGUGUAAAGCUACGAACAGUAUGGGUGCAGCAAGCACAUCAUGUAAAUUAACUGUCAAACCAAUGACGAAUGCAAGUGGCAAAAAAUCAGGCGGUGACAAGCCACCGAAGAUAGUCGACCAUCUCAAGAGUGCCUACGUCAAAGACGGCGAAGCGGUGGUACUGAGCUGCCGAAUAAUUGGCGCUAAGAAAUUCGACGUUGUCUGGCUCCACAAUAACAAAGAAAUAAAACCCAGCAAAGACUUCAACUACUCGAAUGAAGCCAAUAUUUACAAACUUACUAUAGCGGAAAUUUUCCCCGAGGAUUCAGGCACUUACACGUGCGAGGCAUUCAACGACGCCGGUGAAAGCUUUUCUUCAUGUACACUCAAUGUUCUUGUUCCUAAUGAGGAACCAAAGAGCCCAGUGUUCGCGACAUUCCCAGAGUCGGCAACAGUAAACGAAGGUGAAUCAGUAAACUUUGCCUGCCGGACUGAAACUGCACCACUCAAGGUAACGUGGCUGAAAGAUGGUAAACCAAUCGAUGAAUCUAGUAGCAGAUAUCUAUUUAGUUCAGACGGCGACAAAUCCUUCGAAAUACGUAUUAAAUCAUGUACAGCUGGUGAUAUUGGUCAGUAUGCCGCGCGAGCGAUUGGCAAAAAAGGCGAAACAAUAUCAGCGUUUGCAUUAAAUGUCACUAAUCCUCAUGAUCAGUGAGUGUCGUUGACACUUUUAUUUAUUUAUUUAUUUUUUUUCAUCUCAUUUAAA